GUUACACACUUCAUCUAUUCAUCUAUCAUUAGAGAACAGGCAGAGGCAGCAGAGGAGGAACAAGAGGAUGAAGAAGAUAUCAGACAUGAGGAUGAAGCGCAGCAGGAAUACACAGAUUACCAAGAAGAAAAUCAGGAAGAAGAGGAGGAACGUCCACGACCCAAGCCGCUGGCUCCUCAACUCGCUCCUCCUAAGAUCCCAGAAGGAGACAGAGUUGACUUCGAUGACAUUCACAGGAAAAGGAUGGAGAAAGACCUGUUUGAGUUACAGACUCUGAUUGAGGUUCACUUUGAGCAGAGGAAGAAGGAGGAGGAGGAGCUGAUCGGACUUAAGGAGCGAAUUGAGAGACGGCGCUAUGAGAGAGCUGAGCAGCAGCGUGUCCGAGCUGAGAAAGAGCGAGAUCGACAAACACGCAUCGCUGAGGAACGACAGAGGAAGGAGGACGAGGAGGCAAAGAAGAGAGCAGAUGAUGAGGCUAAGAAAAAGAAAGUUUUGUCCAACAUGGGAGCAAAUUUUGGAGGCUUCCUUGCUAAGGCAGAACAGAGGCGAGGGAAGCGUUUGACUGGAAGGGAAAUCAAGCGGAAAACUUUAUCAGAAAGACGAGCACCUCUCAGCAUUGACAAUUUAAAAGAGGACGGACUUCGGCAGCGAGCGCAGGAGAUGUGGGAGUGGAUUUAUCAGCUGGAGUCUGAGAAGUUUGACUUCAUGGAUCAGAUGAAGAGGCAGAAGUAUGAGAUUGUGGUCCUGCUGAACAGGAUUUCACACGCCCAAAAGUUCAAAAAGGUCCACGGAAAGGGAAAAGUUGGUGGUCGCUGGAAAUAAACUGUUUUGAUCUCAUGAUGCAAAACUUAACAAAAGAAAUGAAAGAAUCUCUUCCACUUCAGACACGGAGUCUGUAAUCAUCUUUAUUGUCCAGACAAAUAAAUAAAUACAUUCUCUGA